AUGGUUAUAAACCGUGUAGAAAAUAGUGACAAAUCUGUUGAAGAUUGGAAUAGCGACGGUGAUGGAUCAGGUUGUUCAACGGGGUUAGCUGGAACACCAUGCUUCACCUCGCGGUUAUAUGUGCUAAAGGCUGCUUCAGUAAUUGCUCAGUUUAGCGAAUUUAAGAGGCAGUUAGUUAGCGAAAUCGGUUUUGGAGGAAUGUUAGAGUUGAAGUCAUGGCAAAAGAUUAAUCUGAAAUACAGUGCGUACUUGAUGGAUAGAGUUGAUUUAGAUUCAUGCUCCUUGAACCUGGAGUCACAGGAACAAUCAACGGAAACAGAGAAGCAUUGUUUCAAAAUUGCCUUUGUGAUUUUCAUCAUUGGACAUGUGCUUGCUCCGACCGCCAAACAUGACUACAUAUCAGUAGAUUUUUGGGCUGCACUGAACGAUGUCAACAAGAUCAAAGAUUGGAACUGGGGGGUGUUUGUUCUUGACAACUUAGAGCUCGGUCUACUAAACAAGCAACAAGGAGUAACACCAAGAAUAGGCUUGUACGAUUAUGAGUCAAUGAAAAAGAUGGUCGAGCAAAUCACAGUAAACAUCCCAGGUGGUGAAGUCACUUUCAGCGGUGGCAAGUCAGCACAGAAACUUGGCAUUCUCCUCCGGGAACAAAAUGCACGCGGCCUGGCAAACAUAUCGGAAAUGCGGUAA